CACCACGAAAACCCCCCCUUACCAGCGCUGUUUACUUUAAUAGUGUUUUUAUAGACGGCGGAAGACGCGAUCAUCUGCGAUGUUUUGAUUACCGGGACACGUGGUUCUCCAGCUGGAUUUGGAGGAAUUUUCUGGGAAUUUUUUCAAAAGCCCACAGGUGGAGGACAUGAAGGUCUGUGGUGGCGCCUGGGCUCUUCUGAAAUCUCUCUGCUCUCCCAGCUGCUCCAGACUGGCCGGCUGGACCUCAUGCCAGGUCAGCCGCAGGAACACCAGCAGCCACGGGUCCUCAGACAGUCCUCGAGUUCUUAUCACAGGUGGACUGGGGCAGCUUGGUGUUGGACUGGCGCAAAUGCUGAGAGAGCAGUAUGGGAAAGAAAACGUGAUCCUGUCUGACAUCAAAAGACCUCCAGCGGACGUUUUCAACAUGGGUCCCUUCGUGUAUGCCGAUGUGCUGGACUAUAAAAACCUGCGGGAGCUGGUGGUGAAUAACCGGAUCACGUGGUUGGUGCAUUACAGUGCCCUGCUGAGUGCUGUGGGAGAGGCCAACGUCACACUAGCCAGGACCAUCAACAUCACAGGUUUGCAUAAUGUUUUAGAUCUGGCUCUGGAGAAUUGUCUGCGUCUCUUUGUGCCCAGCACCAUUGGGGCAUUUGGGCCUUCCUCCCCCAGAGACCCUGCCCCCGAUCUCUGCAUCCAGAGGCCUCGGACAAUCUACGGCGUCUCCAAAGUACACGGAGAGCUGAUGGGCGAGUAUCUCCACCAUAAAUAUGGCUUGGAUUUCCGCUGCCUGCGUUAUCCUGGAGUUAUCUCGGCCACAACGAAGCCCGGCGGAGGCACCACAGACUACGCCGUUCAGAUCUUUCAUGAUGCUCUCGGCAGCGGCCACCAUGAAUGCUACUUGCGCCCGCAGACACGUUUACCCAUGAUGCACAUCUCUGACUGCCAUCGGGCCACCAUAGAGUUCAUGCAAGCAGACGAGUGCCAGCUCUCCCUGCGCACCUACAACAUCGCAGCCAUAAGCUUCACACCUGAGGAGGUGGCAGCAGAGAUCCGUAAACAUGUACCACAACUGACGGUCACCUACAAACCCGACCCAGUCCGCCAGAACAUCGCGGACAGCUGGCCAAUGCGAUUCGACGACUCCAACGCUCGGCGGGACUGGGGCUGGAAGCCAGCCUACGGUCUCCCGGAGCUAGUCACGGACAUGCUGGACCGUGUCCAGAACAAGAGGACCAACGCUGGCCUGCCUGUUAGCUAGCAGUUUGGCUAUCUGCCUCUGACCACAUGGAUCACCAUCCCCCACCACGCUCACGGUAAAGGGGGGCUGUGUCUUCAAACCUGGACUUUUCACAUUAUUCCAGCCACUGAGAGUCUUCAACAUAAGCUAACCUUCUCAUCAGAGACUAGCACUACCUGUGGAUUCCUGACACUCACAGACACACACACAUACACUUUCCGGCAGCCUCGGCCUUUCUCUGGGAUUUACUCCCUAGAGAGUGGACCUUCUGUCCUGAGGGGAAUGGGCAGAAACUUUGGGCGCUAGUUCUUUUUGCGUAACAACGUCAUCAUGACCUCCUGAUUUCUCCGUCAUCUUUCCCUUUCUCAUAAAAGCUGUUACUGUAGCUCGCUGCAGUAGCUAGUGAAAUGACUGACUAGCAGCCAGGCUAAACAACGCGUUUCUGCUAAUGGGUUUGGCUAAUUAGAAGCCAAGCUAAACAAAGCGUUUCUGCUAACGAGUUUGGCUAAUUAGCAGCCAAGCUAAACAAAGCGUUUCUGCUAACGAGUUUGGCUAAUUAGCAGCCAAGCUAAACAAAGCGUUUCUGCUAACGAGUUUGGCUAAUUAGCAGCCAAGCUAAACACAAUGUUUCUGCUAACGAGUUUGGCUAAUUAGCAGCCAACCUAAACAAAGCAUUUCUGCUAAUGGGUUUGGCUAAUUAGCAGCCAAGAUAAACACAAUGUUUCUGCUAAUGAGUUUGGCUACUUAGCAGCCAAGCUAAACAAAGCGUUUCUGCUAAUGAGUUUGGCUUAUUAGCAGCCAAGCUAAACAGCGUUUCUGCUAAUGAGUUUGGCUAAUUAGCAGCCAAGCUAAACAUAGCGUUUCUGCUAAUGAGUUUGGCUAAUUAGCAGCCAAGCUAAACAAAGCAUUUCUACUAAUGAGUUUGGCUAAUUAGCAGCCAAGCUAAAUACAAUGUUUCUGCUAAUGAGUUUGGCUACUUAGCAGCCAAGCUAAACAAAGCGUUUCGGUUAAUGAGUUUGGCUAAUUAGCAGCCAAGCUAAACAGUGUUUCUGCUAAUGAAUUUGGCUAAUUAGCAGCCAAGCUAAACAAAGCGUUUCUGCUAAUGAGUUUGGCUAAUUAGCAGCCAAGCUAAACAUAGCAUUUCUGCUAAUGAGUUUCGCUCAUUAGCAGCCAAGCUAAACAAAGCGUUUCUGCUAAUGAGUUUAGCUAAUUAGCAGCCAAGCUAAACAGCGUUUCUGCUAAUGAGUUUGGCUAAUUAGCAGCCAAGCUAAACAAAGCAUUCCUGCUAAUGAGUUUGGCUAUUUAGCAGCCAAGCUAAACAAAGCGUUUCUGCUAAUGAGUUUGGCUAAUUAGCAGCCAAGCUAAACAAAGCAUUUCUGCUAAUGAGUUUGGCUAAUUAGCAGCCAAGCUAAACAUAGCAUUUCUGCUAAUGAGUUUGGCUAAUUAGCAGCCAAGCUAAACAAAGCGUUCCUGCUAAUGAGUUUGGCUAUUUAGCAGCCAAGCUAAACAAAGCGUUCCUGCUAAUGAGUUUGGCUAUUUAGCAGCCAAGCUAAACAAAGCAUUUCUGCUAAUGAGUUUGGCUAAUUAGCAGCCAAGCUAAACAUAGCAUUUCUGCUAAUGAGUUUGGCUACUUAGCAGCCAAGCUAAACAAAGCGUUUCUGUUAAUGAGUUUGGCUAAUUAGCAGCCAAGCUAAACAGUGUUUCUGCUAAUGAAUUUGGCUAAUUAGCAGCCAAGCUAAACAAAGCGUUUCUGCUAAUGAGUUUGGCUAAUUAGCAGCCAAGCUAAACAUAGCAUUUCUGCUAAUGAGUUUGGCUACUUAGCAGCCAAGCUAAACAAAGCGUUUCUGUUAAUGAGUUUGGCUAAUUAGCAGCCAAGCUAAACAGUGUUUCUACUAAUGAAUUUGGCUAAUUAGCAGCCAAGCUAAACAAAGCGUUUCUGCUAAUGAGUUUGGCUAAUUAGCAGCCAAGCUAAACAUAGCAUUUCUGCUAAUGAGUUUCGCUCAUUAGCAGCCAAGCUAAACAAAGCGUUUCUGCUAAUGAGUUUAGCUAAUUAGCAGCCAAGCUAAACAGCGUUUCUGCUAAUGAGUUUGGCUAAUUAGCAGCCAAGCUAAACAAAGCAUUCCUGCUAAUGAGUUUGGCUAUUUAGCAGCCAAGCUAAACAAAGCGUUUCUGCUAAUGAGUUUGGCUAAUUAGCAGCCAAGCUAAACAAAGCAUUUCUGCUAAUGAGUUUGGCUAAUUAGCAGCCAAGCUAAACAUAGCAUUUCUGCUAAUGAGUUUGGCUAAUUAGAAGCCAAGCUAAACAAAGCGUUCCUGCUAAUGAGUUUGGCUAUUUAGCAGCCAAGCUAAACAAAGCGUUCCUGCUAAUGAGUUUGGCUAUUUAGCAGCCAAGCUAAACAAAGCGUUUCUACUAAUGAGUUUGGCUAAUUAGCAGCCAAACUAAACAAAGCAUUUCUGCUAAUGAGUUUGGCUAAUUAGCAGCCAAGCUAAACAUAGCAUUUCUGCUAAUGAGUUUGGCUACUUAGCAGCCAAGCUAAACAAAGCAUUUCUGCUAAUGAGUUUGGCUAAUUAGCAGCCAAGCUAAACAUAGCGUUUCUGCUAAUGAGUUUGGCUAAUUAGCAGCCAAGCUAAACAAAGCGUUUCUGCUAAUGAGUUUGGCUAAUUAGCAGCCAAGCUAAACAAAGCGUUUCUGCUAAUGAGUUUGGCUAAUUAGCAGCCAAGCUAAACAUAGCGUUUCUGCUAAUGAAUUUGGCUAAUUAGCAGCCAAGCUAAACAUAGCGUUUCUGCUAAUGAAUUUGGCUAAUUAGCAGCCAAGCUAAACAUAGCGUUUCUGCUAAUGAAUUUGGCUAAUUAGCAGCCAAGCUAAACAGUGUUUCUGCUAAUGAGUUUGGCUAAUUAGCGUCCAGGUUAAGCUAGGCUUUUCUCCCCGUCACCUUUGCUAAAAGAACAUCUGGUUAAAGGAAAACAAGUGAAAAUGCUGUCCUGACUAACGAGACGUUAGCAGAAUCGAGUGAAGCUAAUGUUGCGUGCUAAAGUGAUCACAACCUCCCGACACCUCUGUCUUUUUCUCUCUCCCGUCAACUCAUAAUUCAGGGCCGCAUCCACCUUUUCCCGUUUUCCCAUUCUGCUUUCGCUCACAGUUGACAAAUUCUGGUUGUCUUGGUCAGUUGGUUUGAUUCGGCUGCUGCAGUGUACCCAUUCCCUGUGACCUCAGAAAGCCGUCACUGGCCAUCGGGCCGACGGUAACAUUGUCUUAAGCGUGCUGACCAGAGUGCUGUGUUACCGGUGGGGAUUUUUAGGGUUUGGCUCCGGGUGCUUCUCUUAAACCCAGUUGUUCCUCUUCACGAUCUUAUCUGGUUCGAGGCCUUAUUUAUUCAUUCAUUUAUUUAUUUGUUUUAUAGCAUUUUAAGGGCUGUAGACCUUCUAUUAGCUUAGUUUGGUGGUGUGGUUUAGCUAUAUCAAGUUAUAUCAUGGCCUGUGUAUCUAUAUACUUCAGUUAGAGCAUGCCAGCAAAUGCAAAGACAAAAUGAGACAGGAGUCAGACGGUCUUUAUGCUCUUAUAAUGUAAAGGUAUGUAAACAGGUGCCAUCUAGUUCAGACCUACAGGCCUCUGUAACAUAUCGUGUCAUACUGGAUAAACACCAAAAAGCUGCCUUGUAUCUCGCUGUUCCUCUUCCACUGGCAAAACGUCAGCCUUUCAGGCCAAAGUCCAAACUAUUUCCUUCUGUUCUUCUGUCUGGUGGUUCUAAACGUGACUAGGAUAAUAGAAGUAUCUCUUUUUUUUAUUCAGUUUUCAAAGUAAAUCUCACGCAAGCAAAUGCGUGCUCUAUCUUUUUUCUCCGUCUUGCUCUCGCCAAUGGCUGGGUACAAUGUAGACAGUCAAUAUCCAUUUGUUGUGAGUCCAGCUCACGAUAAGACAACACUGCAAAAGCAGUCAGACAUCAAAUCCUUAUGCUGGCCCAGGCUAGGAGGCCAAACUAGAGAGCGCUGCGGCUGAGGUCAGUCCCAUUUCAGGUCAGCCAGUUCAGAAGAUGAACCUAAUUCAUGCAGUUCACAACCAACCAACCUGCUCAAUAUUGCAAUUCAGAAUCCGAGUGGCAGGAUUCAGGCUGGAGCAUCUCCCGGACAGCCUGAGAAGAGAUGACGCUGAAUCGGCCUCGGAGGAACACAAGACAGUCAACUUCACGUUGAAACACUCUCUCUGUCUUCAUCAAUGGGGUGUGAUUUUUUUUUGGGGGGGGGGGCAAAAUGUGUUGAAAUAAGCCUUAAUGCUCCAUUAAUGUUUCAUCUUGAAGGCAAAUCAGUUAAACAUUCCCAUGCCGAAUUGGUGGACAAUAUUGCAGUGCAAGUUUAU